CAGGGGUCUUCUUUUCAUUCGCUUUUAGUGGACCUCAGCGCAGCGCCGCCCCCCCUCUCAGCGUGUGUGCCUGCUGGUGCCCACUGGCUCUACUGCUGUUUGGUGGUCUGGUGCCCGCUCGUCUCCUUUUCCGCUGGCCCUCCGCCCCCAGUUUUUGCUGCUACAGCGCGCGCUCACCUCAUUUGGUCUGCCCGCUCUUCUCCUCUCUCUUUCUCUCUCUUCCCCCAAAUCAUCACCACCCUCAUCUUCCUCUCUCUCUUCGCAUCUCCCUCCCACCUCCCUCCUCCAACUCCUCCUCCUUUGGUCUCGACGCGUUUUCGUUCGACUCUUCCGGUUCCAUCUCUUCCAGCUGCUGCAAUUUUCUCGCUCGCCUCUGUUUUCUUUGCACUGCAUCGUCCGCCGCCUGUCACCCGUUUUUCCGACGCUCGCAAAUCACCAUCGUGACCCAACUAGGAUCGACUCAACCCGAUAAAAAAAACAAGCAACUUUUGUUUUGAAAAAUACCAAAAAAAGGACAGUGGUGCUAGUUACGAAAACUUUUGUCAAGACGUUCAUCUCGGCUACCCUUUUCCGCGUAACUCCCCAGAACCGACAACGCAAACUCCUUCGUUUGCACCACUGCCUACUCUUCGAUAUCGCCUCUGCUCCCGUUUGGAACCGUCUUUCAUCCGCGAUUAGCACCAUAUCCUAAUCAUCUGUACUUUAUACUCCUUUUCAACGAUACCUACUUGUCGACAGCAUCAAGUUCAGCUACAGCAUCACAACCCCAGUCAUCUUUUUAAUUCAUCCGUCACAGCAACCACAGCGACUCAUCUCGUCAAACUCGCUCCUGCCCAUCACCACCAGGCCUGUGUUUUGGUUUCCCAGGAGAAUCAGUUGUGUGGUAUCCUUGACAGACACACGUUUCCGCAAGACACCUCUCAAACUCCCAUCUUUUGCCUUUCUUGGAUUUGAGAACCCGCGCUCGACCUUGGUUUUGCCCAGUGCAUUCUAUCGACGCAUCUUUCUUCUUCUUUGAACCACAGUUUUCUAUCAUCCAUCACCCAUAUUUAGCGUCUACCAGCAUCCUCACCUGCCUCAGACAAGCACUGUUCCGGAUUUUACUUCUUUUAAUCCUCUUGCACGGCCUCGCUCUCCUGCGCCAGCCGCUCACCCCGUUUCGUUUUAUUCUUGCAUUAUAGACCUGCAUUUCACAACAUCAUCAUUGUUUGAAUUUUGAGCCAUGGACACUGGUGGUCUUGCUCAAAUGUCUUCCAACUUUUCUCACUCCAACGGCUUACCCACGCCGUCUGGUGGCCUCUCCUCCCGCAGAGGUGGUCAGAACAUCAAGCCUCUUUCUUUUGAUGCCAUUAACCGUGGCAACGCUGCUAGAGACACUGGUGCUCCCACCCCCAGAACUAGCCGCUCCCACCUUCUUGCUGGCUUAAGGACUGCCCCCAAGUCGGCAACUGCGGCUUCAUUUGGCCCAACCUCGCCUACUGUGCAGCAGCACUAUGCUAGAAACAGCAUGGCUGCCAGUCUGCAUGGCCACGCCCAGGACAGCCUUUACAACCCGCCCAAGACUGCUCUCCCUCACUAUGGCAACCAGCAGAACAGCUUUGCUUCCAUGAUGAACCAGCCUCAGCAACAGCAACAGCACCAGCAUCAACAACAGCAGCAGCAAUAUACCGUCGACCAAGUUCUUGCUCCUCCUGAGCUGGCUAUGGAUGAUCAGUACCGCGAUCAGAUGGACCCCAACCUGUAUGCUCAGCUAGUGGCAACCAACAUGUAUCUUGCUCAGCAGCAGCAGCAACUUCAGCAGCAGCUCCGCAGUGUGCAGGCCGCCGCCCAGCAGUUUCAGCAGAUGAACAUCAACAGCCCUCAGCUCUCCCAUCAGCAGCAGCAAGCAGCCCUUUACGAACAGCAGCAGCGUCAGCUCCAGCAACGCAGUAUCCAGGCUGCCAUCAGCCAAGGCCAACAAGUGUACUACAGCCCUGUCACUGGCCAGUACUAUGUUGACAACGCCGCUUCUGCUUCUCCUGCUGGUUAUGCUGAGCAGCCCAUGCCCCCCAGCUUUGACGCUUAUCAGCAAGGCGGUGCUGGACCUCGUCUCCAAGUGUCUCCCCCUCCUGAGCACUUAGCCCAGAACGGUCUUCGCAGCAUCUCUCCUCCCAAGAGAUUUGACUCUCCCCAGGACGCUGCGCCUCUGCCCCCUCCAUCUGCCAACGCCUUCCGACGCGGCCAUAAGAAAGCCUCGUCUCUUGCUCCCGUUAACAGCAUCUUGGCUUCUGCAAUGUCCUGCGACGGCCCCAAGUCCGCCGGUCCCAAGACUGCGACUUUCCCGUUGACUCCCAUGACUGGAGGCUAUGGACCUGGCCAAGCUCGCGCUGGUGAACACCCCAUUCGUCAGCCCCGUGGCCCUCCUUCUCUUGAUGAGCUCAAGUCUAAGCCCACUGCCAAGCACGAGGGAAGCAAGAACUUUGCUACACGCACACGUCGCUCUGCCGUUCACAACCUCGUGAGAGCUGGCUUGGUCCGCAGAAAGGGCACUGGCAGCUCCGCAGGUAGCAUGAGCCCCGUCUCCGAAACUGCCGAGGAUUCUGCUUCCCCCAUCACUGACAACGAAUCUGACUCUGGCCGCAGCGGCUCGGGCAGCCUCAUUGGUGAUUUGGAGUGCGGCAGCUCUCGCACAUCUGCCAGUGGCAGCUGGGGUGCUAUUGGCUCUGACCGUCCCAGCUCUGCUCAGAAGACUGCCUCUGGUGGUGAUGCCUCCCCGGUGCUCGAAGCUGACAAUAGCUCCUUCGCCAACGUUUUCAAGAACAGUGCUCUGCGAGCCGCCAAGGAGCAGGAGGCUUUGGAUAACCGCAAGGCUGCUCGCCUUGUCCUUACCAGCGCCGACAAGCGCAAGGCCAAUGCUGCUUAGAUCACCAUUUGCCUGAGGGACAAACUUUUUUCACUUCACCCUGUUUUAUUUUUUACAUGUUUCACCUUUACGACUUUACGCCCGGAUACUUGUGAUACGAUUGCUUGGAUUGCCGGAUUGCAUCUUUCCCCAUUUGACCACAACUUUUACAUGGAACUCUUCGACUCAGCGCGUUUAUUACUUGCAGUCUGUUGUCUGCUCUGGCCAUUGUUGAUUUCACUCCCCGGAUGGAUGCGGCCAAGACGAACGCUGUUUACGAAUCGAGUCUUUUAAUUCACUUCAACGUCACUCCUUUAUCAAGAUAAUAAUUUUUAUGCAAGCUUUUUUAGCAACAAAUGCGAGGCUAGCCUCCAUUAUGAUGAUUGGUUUUUGUAUCGAUUUAUUUGUACUGGCAUUCUUGUUUGAUUCUGGCGCGCCUUUGGCUUCUGGCCCAAGCCGCCUUGCCAACACCGCAAUAUAUAGUAAACAACAAAACUUCGUUUCAAAAACU